AUGGAGUUGCGGGGCCUUUUCCAGUAUCUUGUGAACCAGUUAAAAAGGGGACAAGGAAUUGAGCUUGUUCUACUGCAGGAGCUUAUCCAACAAAUGGCAAAUGUUCAGUACACAGAGAACUUAACUGAGGAACAGCUGGAUUCUAUGGCAGGGGGUGAGACUCUGAAAUAUCAAGCAACUUCCUUUGGGAUGACUCGAAAUAAUAAGGCAUUGAUAAAGUCAACCAGCAGGCUUAGAGAUGCAUUACUUCCUAAAGAUGAACCAAAGUUGGCAACCCCUCUCUUGCUUCUUCUUGCUCAGCAUCGAUCUCUGGUUCUCGCCAAUGCAGAUGCACCAUAUAUUAAGAUGGUCAGUGAACAGUUUGAUAGAUGCCAUGGAACUCUUCUUCAAUAUGUCGAUUUUCUAGGCAGUGCAGUCACACCAGGGUCAAAUUAUGCCAUUCUUAUUCCCUCACUUGAUGAUCUGGUCCAUCUUUACCACUUGGAUCCCGAGGUUGCUUUCUUGAUAUAUCGCCCUGUUAUGAGACUUUUCAAGUCUCAGAGGACUCCCAAUGUUUGCUGGCCCUUGGAUGAUAGAAAUGCUGCAAGUGAUUCAUCUACGAACUCAGAGUCUGAUCCUACAGAUCAUCUUGGUAGCAUGUUUCUAGAUACUGGCUCCAACAAAAAUCCGAUUAGUUGGUCAUAUCUUCUUGUUACUGUUAAAACUAUGUUGCCUUCAAAAGCAUGGAAUAGCCUAUCUCCUGAUCUUUAUGCAACAUUUUGGGGUCUCACAUUAUAUGAUUUGUACGUUCCGAAAAAUCGUUAUGAGUCAGAAAUAGCCAAGCUUCAUGCUAGUCUUAAAUCUUUGGAAGAGAUUUCUGACAAUUCAAGCUCAGCAAUCACCAAGAGGAAGAAAGAAAAGGAAAGAAUUCAAGAAUCUCUUGACCGUCUGAUUAGUGAACUGCAUAAACAUGAAGAAAAUGUCGCAUCUGUCAGCAGACGGCUCUCUUAUGCAAAAGACAAAUGGUUAAGUUCCUGUCCUGAUACCUUGAAGAUUAACAUGGAAUUUCUUCAGCGCUGUAUAUUUCCACGCUGUACUUUCAGUAUGCCAGAUGCUGUUUAUUGUGCUAUGUUUGUACACAAACUUCAUUCCCUUGGAACCCCCUUUUUUAACACAGUCAACCACAUUGAUGUUCUUAUUUGUAAGACCCUUCAACCAAUGAUAUGCUGCUGCACUGAAUAUGAGGUUGGUAGGCUUGGUAGGUUUCUCUACGAGACUUUGAAGAUUGCUUACCAUUGGAAGAAAGAUGAAUCUAUUUAUGAGCGUGAGUGUGGAAACAUGCCGGGAUUUGCUGUUUAUUAUCGAUAUCCAAAUAGCCAGCGAGUUACAUAUGGACAGUUCAUUAAGGUACACUGGAAAUGGAGUCAAAGAAUCACACGGUUACUGAUUCAGUGUCUGGAAUCUAGCGAGUACAUGGAGAUUAGAAAUGCUCUUAUAAUGUUGACUAAAAUUUCUAGUGUUUUCCCAGUUACACGGAAGAGUGGGAUAAACCUUGAAAAGCGGGUAGCUAAGAUCAAAAGUGAUGAAAGAGAGGAUCUUAAGGUUUUGGCAACUGGUGUAGCAGCAGCACUGGCUGCUAGGAAGCCUUCUUGGGUUACCGAUGAAGAAUUUAGUAUGGGUUAUCUUGAAUUGAAGCCGGCACCAUCUAUGACUAAAUCUGCUGCGGGAAAUUCUGCAGCGGGAAAUUCUGCAGCUGUACAAAGUGGAACAGGUCAUCAUGUUUCUCAAACUGAAUCUGCCAGUGGGAAACAUCUGGACUCUGGAAACACAGUCAAAGACCAGACAACAAAAAUAAAAACUGCAGAUGGCAAGUCAGAAAGAACUGAAAAUAUUACAGUGGCAAAAUCUGAUUCUGGCCAGGUAAAACUCAAGGGUAACUCAAUGGUGAAUGGAUUGGAUGCUCAAUCUUCUCUACCCUCACCUGCUGGACAAUCCGGGGCAUUAAAAUCCCCAGAAAACUCAAAGCAAGUGGAAGAAUCAAUAAGUAGGGCACCUGAUGAAUACGUUACUAGAAAUGUUGAGUCAAAAACCUCUGCAAAACGUUCAGUGGCUGCUGGUUCACUUUUGAAGCCAUCAAAACAAGAUCUUUUGAAAGAAGAUGGUAGAUCUGGUAAAACUGUUGCUAGAACUUCUGGUUCCUCAAGUGACAAGGAUCUUCAGGCCCAUGCAUCAGAUGGAAGACACACUGGAACAAACGUCUCUUCUUCAGUCAGUGCUAAUGGUAACAGUGUUUUAGGUUCUGCAAAGGGCUUGGCUCCAUUGGCAAAAAAUUCAUUUGAUGGUUCUGGCAUUGAAUCAAAGGCAGAGGUUGGAGCUGCCAAGCCUUCUGUGGCAAAGGAUGAUGGAAAUGAUAUUGCUGACUUCGCAAGGGGAUCCUCUUCUCGCGUAGUACAUUCCCCUAGGCAUGAAAACACAGCUACCUCAAAGUCUAGUGAUAAAAUUCAGAAGCGAGCUGGUUCUGUUGAUGAGCUAGACAGACUAGGUAAACGGAGGAAAGGGGAUGUUGAUCUAAGAGAUUUGGAGAGUGAAGUUCGAUUCUCUGAAAGAGAGAAGCUGGUGGAUCCUCGAAUGGUUGAUGAUAAAGUGGGGCCAGAUGAACUUGGUAUAUACAGAGCAGCUGAUAAGACAUUGGAAAGGCCAAAAGAAAAAGGCAAUGAAAGAUAUGAAAGGGAACACAGGGAAAGAUUGGACCGACUGGACAAGUCCCGUAGUGAUGAUUUUGUUGUAGAAAAACCCAGGGACAGGUCGAUAGAAAGAUAUGGAAGAGAACGAUCUGUUGAGAGAAUGCAAGAGAGGGGUAGUGAGAGGAGUUUUAAUAGACUCCCUGACAAGGCUAAGGAUGACAGAAGUAAGGAUGAUAGAAAUAAAUUACGAUAUAAUGAUGCAUUGAUAGAAAAAUCCCAUGCUGAUGGCCGCUUCCAUGGACAAAGCUUGCCUCCGCCACCCCCUUUACCUCCUAAUAUGGUUCCUCAAUCUGUAGGGGCUGGUAGGCGUGAUGAAGAUGCUGAUAGGAGGUAUGGAGCCACAAGGCAUUCUCAAAGACUUUCUCCAAGGCAUGAAGAAAAAGAACAGAGAAGGUCUGAAGAGACUGUGACUUUGCAGGAGGAUCCUAAACGUAGAAAAGAUGAUGAUUUUCGAGAUCGGAAGCGUGAAGAAAUGAAGGUAGAAGAGAAGGAAAGGGAAAGAGAGAAAGCAAACAUUCCUAAAGAAGAUUUGGAUUUAAAUGCUGCAACCAAGAGACGUAAACUCAAGAGGGAACAUCUAUCAACUAUGGAACCAGGGGAGUACUCACCAGUUGCUCCCGCGCCUCCUCCCCCCAGUAUUGGUAUGUCACAAGCAUAUGAUGCAAGAGACAGAAAGGGUCCAAUGAUCCAGCAUGCUAGUUACAUAGAUGAACCGAGUCUUAGGAUUCAUGGUAAAGAGGUAGCCAACAAGCUGAAUCGUCGUGAUAUAGAUCCCUUAUAUGACCGGGAAUGGGAUGAUGAGAAGAGACAAAGAGCUGAUCAAAAGCGAAGGCAUCGGAAAUAA